UAAACGAUGGAGAACUAUACGGCGGGAGGAGAAGGUAUCCUUCUGAACUGCAGCAUGUCUGGGAGGCACAACUUCAUCUUCACCCUGAUCCCGGUAGUGUACGGCUGUAACUUUGUCACCGGCAUGGUGGGGAACAGCAUGGUGGUGGCGGUCAUCUACCGUUACAUGAAGCUGAAGACAGUGGCCAACGUGUUCGUCCUCAACCUAGCCAUCUCAGACCUUACCUUCCUGAUCACCCUGCCCAUGUGGGCCACCUUCACAGCCACAGGCUACCAGUGGCCCUUCGGUGGGUUCCUGUGUAAGGCCAGCGCUGGCCUGGUUAUGUUCAACCUCUACAGCUCCAUCUUCUUCCUCUCCGCGCUCAGCAUCGACCGCUACCUGGCCAUCGUCCACCCAGUGAGGUCGCGGCAGCGCCGUACUGUGCUCUACGCCCGUAUCACCUGCGUCCUGGUUUUGCUCUUCGCCCUCCUGCUGUCCGUCCCCACGGCCCUGACCAGAGACCUGAUGCACAUCACCAACUACAACAUCACCACGUGUGGCGUACUGCACCCUGAGGGCUCCAGGCACCUCCUCCUCACCAUCAGCCUGAUGAAGAGCAUCCUUGGGUUCCUGUUUCCCUUCUUCAUCAUCAUCACCUGCUACUGCCUGAUUGGUGGAGCCUUGGUCAGGGCGCGGAGCAUCCAGAAGACCACCCGGUCGAGGGACGAUGAGGUGUUGAGGAUACUGGCGUCGGCUGUCCUAGUUUUUUUCCUGUGUUGGGUGCCCCACCAGGUUUUACACUUCAUGGAUCUGCUGGCCCAGCUGAAGGUUGUAACUAACUGUGUGAUGGUGGACUUCAUUGACACGGCCAUGCCCUUUACCAUCUGCAUCGCCUUCCUCAACAGCUGUGUAAACCCCAUCCUCUACAGCUUUGUGGGGCAGAACUUCAGGAAAAACCUGUUCCGACUGCUCCACUGUUCCCCCUCUGGCCCCGAAGGGACACAACCAUACAUCAGCACUAAGAUGUCUACCUAUUCCUACCGCGUCUCCAAGGUACUGCACCUCACCAACAAAAACAAGCAGGCCAUGGAGGCCAUGUCUAAUGUGAAAAGAGGAGAGAAAGAGGUGAAGUGUGUACUAAUUCUAGAACCACAAAUAGAUUAUGUGUUGUAA